GCACGUUCCUUGGCUUCUGUAGUCCCUAGCUUAUCUAAUUUCGACAUUAUAUACUUUAGAGGAGAGGCGAUAGCACACUCAUCCAACAAGCUCAUAUUCAUCUCUAUUCUUUGCUCUUUCAAUUAUAACCGAGUUCUAAGUUCUAACGCGAAAAAUGGCUGAGGCACUUAUCUCUGUGGUUCUAGAGCAACUGGCUUCAAUAGUGUUUGAACACACAAAACAAGCGGUGACACUCUUUUGAAUGCUGAGGAAGAUGUUCAUAGUUUCCGCAGCAAUCUCGAAGCCAUUCAAGCUGUGCUGGAGGAUGCAGAGAAGAAACAAGUGACGGAGGCCAGAGUGAGAGACUGGUUGCAGAAGCUCAAAGAUGUAUCGUACGAGAUGGACAACGUCCUAGACGAGUGGAACACUGAAAUUUUGAAACAACAAGUGGAGGAAGGCAAGAAGAAGGUAUGUUUCCCCAUGCCCUCUGGUUGCUUUUGUUUUGGCCAAGUCAAUAAGGUCAUUCAUCAUCAUAACAUUGCUAGAAGGAUAAAGAAACUGAAUGAGAAACUAACUGUGGUUGCUGCUGAAAGAGAAAUGUAUGGCUUUCAUCAAUCCACAAUAGGUGGCCAUGAUGAUCAACAGCUUAUUCAACGACAGAAAACUUCAUCUUUGGUCGAUAUAUCCAAGAUAUUUGGCCGAGACGAAGAAAAAGAGAUGUUGUUGAGCAAGUUAUUGAGAGAAAGUAGCCAAGAAGGCGAGCCGUUCCUUGUCAUCCCUAUUGUAGGGAUGGGAGGGAUGGGGAAAACAACUCUUACCCAACUAGUCUUUAACAAUGAAAAGGUUACUGCCCAUUUUCACAAGAAAGUCUGGGUUUGUGUCUCAGACCCUUUUGAUGAGAUUAAGAUUGCGAAAGCGAUUAUCGAAAGUCUAGAUAAAAAAGAAACCCAAAGCAGUUCAAGUGAGUUGGAAACCCUACUCUUACUUAUAAAGACUCAUGUUGAGAGUAAGAAGUUCCUCCUAGUUCUAGAUGAUGUGUGGACCGAAGACCAAAGACAGUGGGAAAGUUUGAAACUACCAGAAAUAUUGCAAAGUUGUGCUGAAGGUAGUACAAUACUUGUGACCACACGAAAAGAAGAGGUUGCUAAAAUGAUGAGAGCAACUAGUAGCAUGAUCCAUUUAGAUAAGUUGAAUGAUAAGGAUUGUCUAGCAUUGUUCAAUAGCUUUGCAUUUUUGGAUAGGGAAGAAGAUGCGGCUAAUGAGUUUGGAGCUAUUGGUGAGGAAAUUGUGAAAAAAUGUAAAGGUUUGCCUCUUGCUGCAAAGACUUUAGGUAGUCUAGUGUGGUAUAAGAAAACAAGAGAAGAAUGGCGGGAUGUUCUGAAUAGUAAGAUUUGGGAAUUAAAAGAAAUUGAGGACCAAGUUUUCCGACCACUAUUAUUAAGUUAUUAUGAUUUGGCCCCUGCAGUUAAGAGGUGUCUUUUGUAUUGUGCAAUAUUUCCCAAAGAUUAUGAUUUCCGAAAAGAUAAUUUGAUUGAGCUUUGGAUGUCACAAAAUUAUCUUAAUUUAAAGGGAAAAAAAGAAAAGAGAAGAAUAGGUCAAAGUUAUUUUGAAAGUCUGACAAUGCGGUCUUUCUUUCAGGAUUUUAAAAAAAAUGAUAUGAAAAAUGUUUAUGGGUGCAAAAUGCAUGAUAUAGUACAUGACUUUGUGCAGUUUCUUACCCAAAAAGAAUGCACUAUUAUGGAAGCACUCAAGGGUGCUAAUCAAAGGGUGGAGCUUUCGGGUGAUUAUAAGGGUGAUGAUGAUGAAGCAUUGAAAUUAGGAGAUCUCGGAAUCAUGGACCAGCUUCACGGGAGGCUUUCUAUAAGAUAUUUGGGGAAUAAGGAUGAUGCGAGUGAGAUUGAGAAAGCACAGUUGGGGAAUAAGGAGCACCUCUCUCAUUUGCGAGUAUUUUUCCAGGAAGGAGAUGAAGAGCAGAGAAAAGGCGAUGAAGAAAUAGUGAAAGCAUUGCAACCACAUCAAAAUUUGGAAUCUUUAGACAUUUGGUGGUGCCAAUUCACCGAGUCUCUCUAUUGGAUCAAGUCUUUACGCAAUUUGAGAAAACUUUAUCUCUAUGGGUGGAGAUUUUGUGAAUUUUUGCCUUCUCUUGGAAAAUUGCCAUCGCUUGAAAUUCUGGAUAUAAGGGAGAUGAAGAAAGUGAAAAAGAACUGGGAAGAGUGGGCCUUUGUUUCUGAAAUCACAAUAAUGCCACGCCUUUCUGAGUUGCGAAUUGAGAGUUGCCCAAAGCUAAAAGCACUGCGUACUUUGACGAUCACAGCACUGCGUACUUUGACGAUCAGCGAUUGUCGAAUUCUGGAAGGAGAAUACGAAAAAGGCGUGGGGAAGGAGUGGCACAACAUUUCGCACAUCCCAAACCUCACAAUUGGAUGA